AUGAGACUACUCCCUUUGGUGUCAUUAGCUGCUUUAGUGGGAAGGGUGCUGUGUGAUUCGGCACCAUCUUGUGGAAAUGGAAAGAAUUGCCCCGAAGAUUCCCCAUGUUGUUCUCAAUAUGGCGAAUGUGGUACUGGUUUGUACUGCCUUGGUGCCUGUGAUGUUGCUCACUCAUUCAACUCUUCCGCGUGUGUUCCUUUACCGGUAUGUAAUUCCAAAGAAUAUCAAUUCACCAGUUCCGAUAUGAUCGCUGAUCAGACGAAAUAUCUGGGUGAUAACUCGAAAUAUGGUUGGACUACCAAUGGCCAAGUUCUUGACUACGGUGGUAAUGUCUUACUCACCAUGGCUAAUCAAUCUUACGGCACUGUAAUCUCAUCGACCUCUGCUGUUUGGUAUGGUAAGGUAUCGGCAACACUGAAGACUUCACAUGGCGAUGGUGUUGUAUCGGCUUUUAUUAUCAUGUCGCCCAGUAAGGAUGAAAUUGAUUACGAGUUUGUUGGCUCUAAUGUUGGACAAGCUCAAACCAACUUCUACUACGAAGGUAUACUAAAUUACACAAAUGGCGCUUCCAUAUCAUUAUCGUCUACUAAUGAGAGCUUCCAUACCUACGAAUUUGAUUGGUCAGAAGAUAGAAUCCAGUGGCUGAUCGAUGGUCAAGUGGCCCGAACUCUCAACAAAGCAGACACUUAUAACUCGACAACUGGCCAAUAUAUGUACCCCCAAACUCCAGGGAUUGUCCAAUUGUCCCUUUGGCCUGGCGGUUCAGAGCUAAACGGUCAAGGAACAGUAGAUUGGGCAGGCGGUCCUAUCGAUUGGAAUAUGCCGGAGUUCAGUGAUCCCGGGUAUUUGUUUGUCACUUUGAAAGAUAUUUCGGUUGAGUGUUACGAUCCACCAUCUGGUGCUACCGUUAGUGGCAACUCUUCAUAUGUUUUUACUUCUAACAGUAAUCUCACGGAAAGUUCAGUUCAAAUCACGGAUGAUAAACAUAUAUUAGGUUCAUUUGCAGCGGUUGGCUAUGAUUUGGACAAGGGUAAAGAUGACAAAAAUCUUCAAACAGUUUCUGCCGUCACGGUUAGUCAACUCGGAGGUAAUGAUGGCGAUAGGAGUGCUUCAGGUUCUGUGCCCGUUGCCUCCCAAGUUAAACAAACCAGCACAUCGGAUUCCUCCACUAAGAGUUUGGUAAAUGUAAGCAAUGUAGCUAGUUCUACUAGUAGCUCAAAAGCGAAGGCAUCAACGACAGGUGCUAGCAGCGACCCGUCAGAUACAGCAGCCGCGGCUUCUACUGCUGGUACGACCACAACUGGAUCUGUGGCGUCUUCAGGAACUACUGCAACUAGUGACUCAUUGAGCAAGAUGGAAUACCUAUCUACAGUUAUGAUUUCACUGAUCGGCAUCUUCACCGCCGGUUAUGCCUUUUGUUAA